GCUGGCGAGCGCUAGCGGCUCAUGUUGUCUGUGCGUUCAUCGUAUAUUGCGUGGCAUUAGCAAGAUCGGAUUGGCGCGUGGGCGAGACUAUCUGCUCAGCACUUGCUGCAUGUGAUUUAAAGGCACUUUGCUCUCAUUUCAGGGACCUUAAAUUAAGCAGGUGUGCUCUGCUCAAGUCGGUCGAAUGUGCACGUGACGGUUUUCGUAAAGCGGUGUAUAUAAUAGGUAGCCAGGACUGUUAUUGCGUUUCAGUCUGGCUUUGGCAUUCGUCCCAAUGCCGAGAAAACACUCGCAGUUUGAGUGCUGAUCAUGCUACAUGUACUUAUUGUGCGUGUGAAGGCAACAUCCAGCUGAGGUAAACUCAAGCUGCAGUAUCCAGCAUUUCGUGGCUGUAAAUUUUUGGAUCUAUCGCACGUUAUCUCAGUGCCGGCGGCAUGACCACCCGACACUACGAAGUGCCGCCUCAGCUGGAGGACCUCCUGCUGGAGUUCACCGUCAACGUGCUGGUCAACCAGCCCGAAAACUUGGUGGCGUACGCCGUCGAGUACUUCACACGGCUCAAUGAGAGUAACUCAAAAUACGCCACCACCACCACCACCACCACCAGCAGCAGCAGCACCAACAAGGAGGCGCCGGCCGAGCCCGAGACCAACAACGUGGAGGAUGGCGCGGCUUCGGACCAGGACGACUCGAUGAUGUCGGACGAUGAAGCGCCGCCGCAGAACUGCACCUAUCGCCGGAAGUCGGUGUUCGCCGAGGCCUACAACCCGGAGGAGGACGACGACGAGGGCCAGAAGUGGCCGGCGCAGCUGGCCAGAAGCUUGGCAUUGGGACGGAACGAGAGGUCGGGGUAA